GCACCUGGUCCACGGAACUUCUUCCAGGGUUAAACUCGUUUGGUGAGAAGCUCACCUACGAAAACGGUCCAUUUAAAGCAUUCGGCGUAGCCACGCAAGGUUAUAAAGGCGGAGAGCAGUACGAAGGAGGGCUGACGUACUCGAAAGGACCCUGGGUUGUCGGAGGCGGCGUAACCUACAAUCCAAACAGUGGCGCCAACGGGGGAAUAAAUUUCGGUUACACAAAGGACAACCUUAAGAUUGGCGGCACCUAUGAUUACAACCCACAAACAGGCUCAAGUUUUGGAAUAGGGGGCACCUGGAGAUUCAAGAAAUAGUCCAAGUGUCUUGCAUGGAAUUGUUUGUAAACAUUAACAAGAAAUAAUUUGCAACCAUGAUUAAACUGUGAC